AUGUUUAAAUUUUAUUUUUCCACCUAAAAAUCAAAACAUGAGUUAAGACUACUGUGCACACUCACUUCAAAGACGAACAAGGCAGGCAGGGGUCGGAUUCAAGGGUAAAGAAGAAAAAUCGUAGCGUAAAGAUGUCGAAGUUAAAACGAGGAUGCACCCUCGUGAAGUAUCUGCAGCUUCCGGUCAAGGUGAUACUCAAAUAUUUUGUUCGUAUUUUGAGACACCUCAUGAAGGCGUUUGCGAACAACAUAGUCUGGUUCAUAACCAUUCUGCUGACUUUGACCGUCGUCGUGAGGAAUCUCUUCUUGAACAUCGCGAAGAAGAUAUGCAUCCGAUCGAUAGUCGACGCUGUACAGAGGUUCGUAGACGGAUUGAACGAAGGCAAAGAGAACCUCGUACUAGCCGUUAGACGACUGCCCUGCCUGAUUAAAUCCCCCCAGGAUAUCAAUUUCAAACACUGGCUACUCGCGGUUUGCUCUCCGAUCCGCGGUUUCUUCGAAAUGUGCUCCGUUCCCGUCCGAUGUGCGAUAAAAGUCGCGUGGUCCAAUUCAAUAUAUCUCGUGAACACACUUUGGGCCGAUUACAAGCAACUGACCUCGAUCGAGAGGAGAUUUAGAGAGAAGCUCAAGUCCGACUUGUCGACGGCGACUGACAGGGUGAGCUCAUCCUUGGCCGUGAUAAAGGACAAACUCUCGUACAUCUUCUACAGCACGUGCGAUGAGAUGUCCGAGAUGUCCAAACAGGCGUGCGCGUCUUUUAAAGAAUUUUUCGGAGUUUUUAUGAUGAAGGUUAAUACGGUAAAAGAAAAGGCAGUCGAAAAGGCCGGUGUGGUAGCGAUCCAAUUCAAGGAUGCCACAGACACCAUCUUUGUCAAAAUAAAAGACAUCAACGAUACAGUCAGACUUGGAACGUACUAUGUGAUCAAAGAAGGUAAAGAGGGGUUUCCCGCCUCUAGGAGAACACUCAUACGAGGUACCCUGCAAGUCAAAGAUGGCAUAAUUACAAACGCGCAGAGGGCAAAACUCGCGAUCGCAGGAACUCGAGUGUAUCAACAUCUGGCCAGCUCCGUGUGCUACAGAAUGGAAAGGAUUCAAAAUUCCUCGGCGUUCGAUGGAGCCGUCUUGUUCAGCACUGUAGGAAUCCUCGGUUACUUGUUCUACCUCAUCGUCGAUAAGCACCAGAGGGAACUUUACCACAGAUCCCUUAAGAUACACGAUCAAAUCAGGGAUGCUUGCAAAGAUAUGGUGCUUUCAGAACAGACGCUGAGAAAGUGUAUGAACGCUCUGCACGAGCAGAUGUUGUUAGGCCUUAACUCAAAAACACGAGACAAAUCCUCCGUAAAAUGCCAUAAUACGUAUGUCCAGGAUUUACCCACUGGGCAAGAAAGCGGACAGUUCCUUGCAUUGGACCUCGGUGGCACAAAUUUCAGAGUGUUACUGAUCACCCUGAAUGGGCGCCACUUUGACAUGCAGUCGAAGAGUUACGUGAUACCACAGGCCACAAUGACCGGUCCUGGAGAAGAUCUGUUUGAUCACAUAGCAAGCUGCUUAGAGUCAUUUAUCAGGGAACAAAGGCUCAUGGACAAAUGUCUACCGUUAGGUUUCACUUUCAGCUUCCCCCUAAUGCAGCACGGUUUAACAAAGGGGAUACUGCAGAAGUGGACUAAAGGAUUUAACUGCUCUGGUGUUGAAGGAGAGGAUGUUGUCAAACUCCUGCAAAUCGCUAUAAAAAAGAAAAAUAUUAAUGUUGAUGUGUUAGCUGUCCUAAACGAUACAACUGGUACACUAAUGUCAUGUGCUUGGAAGAACCACAAUUGUAAAAUUGGAGUUAUUCUUGGUACUGGGACGAAUGCUUGUUACGUCGAGCAGGUUGAAAAUGUCCCUGGAUUCGAAUCGCAGCCGGGAAAGCCUCUUGUGCUCAUCAAUACAGAAUGGGGUGCAUUUGGAGAGAACGGCGAACUCGAAUUCAUCAGGACUUCUUUCGACAAAGAAGUCGAUAAAACGAGCAUCAACCCGGGAAAGCAGAUCCAUGAGAAAAUGAUAUCAGGAAUGUACCUUGGCGAGUUAGUGAGACUCUACCUAGUAAAGUUCGCGCGGGCAAAAGCAAUAUUUGGUGGAGAGGUGUCUGACAAACUACUCGAAAAAGGAUCCUUUCCUACUGAAUUUAUUUCAGAAGUCGAAAGUGAUAAGAGGGGUACGUUCAGGAACUGCAGGAAUGUGCUUGGAAAACUGCACAUGUUCAAUGUGACAGACCAAGAUUGUGCCAAUGUGCGUUAUGUGUGCGAGUGUGUUUCAAGACGUGCUGCCCACUUGGCUUCUGCCAGUAUCGCAACAUUAAUUAACAAGAUGGGCCUACAUUCGGUGACAGUCGGCGUCGACGGGUCCCUCUACAGGUUCCAUCCGUAUUUGCACGACCUCAUGAUGGAGAAGAUCACUCAGCUUCUAAGCCCUUCGAUCCAUGUUGAUAUGAUGCUCUCGGAAGACGGAUCUGGCAGGGGUGCUGCUCUCGUAGCUGCUUCAAGCGUCUGAUUUGAAAUUAAGGGUUCACUUGUGUGAAUCCUUGAUACUUUCAUCUCACAUCUGUAGUCAUUUUAAGUGUACUUACUACUUUCGAGGUGUUUUUUGUACAAAAAAUAUAUUUUUCCAUAUCUACUUUAUAACACCUCAAUUCAGUCGUAAAUUUUUGUUACAAUUUCAAAACUUUACAGAUGUGUUGUUUUUAUUGUACUUAAAAAAACUUAAAUGAAUUGCUUUCAAUUUUAAAUUAAUUUAUUAUGUUAUAAAGAACCCUGUGGUUUAAAUAUUAUUGUUGUAAUUAUUAAAUUAUAGAAAUUAAUCUUGUCUUUUGAUAGCAAAAGAUAUUUAUUUUUGUACUGCUAUAAAAAUACAUAAAUAUAUAUCUGGGUAUGACAAACAAUUUGUACAUAAGUGAAGAGUGCCUUAAACAAAAAUUGUUAUAAUCAUUUACACUUUGAUAAAUGUAAAUUGUUGAUUGUAAAUAAUUUUUGUUUUGUUUGUUACAUAAAAGAGCAUGGUCUCAUAAGAAAAUUUGAAGUGCCUAAAAGUUAUAAUCGUAUAGUAUGAUUCAUAUACUGUAUUUGUACUGAAAUAAAGGCAGGUUUAUUCUUUA